AUGCAAAAGAAUUCUCAUGGACAUACUGACCUUAUACGACGCCGAAUGAAUGAAAUUUUGGGUCAGUUGUCGCUGACAAAGUCGCAACCUCGUGGGGCCAACAACUCGCAUGCUGAAAACCAGUCAAUCAUGCCAUCACUGGGUAUCUUGUGCGUCAAUUUAAACGAGGCUCUGGUGCAGGCCCAAGAGUUCCACGCACAGAUUAUGGAGGCCCUGAAGAGCAGAGAGGCUCCUUCGCCAAAGGUGGUUACUCCGAAUAAAGAGUUGUCUACAUAUCGGCUAAUUGAAUUACCACCAGCCCAACUGGCUCGUCUUCUGCCGCCUGGACAACGGCUGGCCAAAACUGGUGCCAAAAAAAGG